GCGCAUUUCUUGCCUUGUAUUUCUAUCGUCCUCGCUUUGUUCCCCUAUACUCAUAAAGAACCCCUCAGACCAUCGCCGUCGCAAAUACGACUGAUAUAAGUCUGAGUGAGACUACUUUCUCCGAAGUGUUCGCCACACUGAAGGCAUACACCCACAGGAUGACAUUGUUCGGUGGAAAGGAUUCAGACAUCAAAUCCAAGGAUGAAGAGGAGUGGAAGAUAGUCCUUCACCAAUUGUCCAGCGAGACGAAGAGCUACGAGCAGGCCGUCAAAAGCAAAGAUGCGAACGGGACGGAGCAGCACUCUCGCGAAGUGAUCUCUCUCAUGCGGCGCGCCGCAGAGGUCCACCCUGAGCCAAAGACCCGAGAGAAGUUCAGACAUAAUGCAGACACAUGGGAGAAAGGCGAUACACGUACUCGGAAGAGGAUGAUACACCCUCUUCUUCAAGGUUUGGGCAUCAUACUUAUUGCCCCCCUUGCCCUCGCCGGAGUUGGGAUAUUCGCCGCGGGCGCUGUAGUGUAUGGUAGUGGAAAGCUUCUUGUCGGUCUCGGUGACGUUAUAACGUUAGGACAGCUUCGCCGCUACACUUGUGGUACCUUUUGGGAAUAGCUAGGCGUUCAGUAUUUGUCCUGCAACUGGCAAAGAAUGUGUCAGAGAUAAUAUAACAAACAUUGGAUGAGAGAAGUCGGCGUCAAGGCAUAAGAUGAGAAUGUAUGAUUACUUAUGUAGAAAUACGUAGCAGCUAUGUUUCAGAUCAGCAAUCAGCCCCAUGUAUCUGGUUUCAAAAUACGGCAAGAUUGCGCUAACAAUCUUCAGCAGCCGAAUCUGCGCCCUAGAUGUACUGUAUUCAAGAGUUGCAUACCAAAGAAAAGGGAAAGGGAUAACACAUCAUAACACUAUCG